AUGUCGCGUGCGCUUACAACGGCAACACAUCGGCGCUUUUACCGGUCUGUCUGAUUUCAUUUCAGUUAUGACUACGGAUUCUUGUGGAGGAGGACAAGUUUUUCGAAAGUUUACCCAAUUCAACGGAAUAAUUCUGUAAAAUCACAUCUUGUGUCAUCGAUAAGUGUGUCUUAUUAACUUGGGGGUAAUCUUCAGAAGAUUAGCGACUGGACUGGGGAUGAAGCCAAAACUCGUCUCAGUUUUCCGUGUCUGCUCUGUCAGCUAGCUGGCUAACUAGCUAGCAAGGCUAUCCACCCUAGCUAACUAUUUCCGACUCAGCUAACGUUUGCUUUUUUUUUUGUGAAGAGGGCCCAGCUUUACUAGCUAGCGUUACAUGUCUUUAGUUGCUUGUCUCGAUUUGAUAUUUUUUUUGUUGUUGCCACGAAUUAGCGUUAUUCAAGCGUUCAAGAGUUGGUUGAACACCAGUCGAUUAUUCACCCGAAGAGGCCGCUCCGGCUUGAUUACAAGUUGUUAGCACGUUAGCUAGCUUUAUUAUUUUUAAAGAUUUUUUUUUUAUAGCUAUAUCUGGGUAGUUGCCAGCAAACAGCCAAACUGCAGGGUUUUUGUAUUGGGCACAUUCAUCUCUACAUCCCGCUGCAAUACCCAUUUUAGAUUUAAGGGUUGUCUUUGCAGCAGUUUGAAACAUUUCAGCUUCGAGAUUAGAAAGAUUUGUUGCUGUUCAGGGCCCUGAAACUCAAUAUUAGCUUGCUAGUCUGCCUGAGUUGGGAGUGGCUAGAGGUUUGCAUUAGCUGGUUAGCGAGCUAGCUAACAAACAAGGUCAGAUGUUCUUAUAUCGCACCCGUCUAUAGUGCGUAUGUUAAACAACGUAAUGACACAAACUCUAUAGAAAAACAAUGUAUUAAUGACCUGUUAAACCACGGUCAGAUUGACAGCGGUUGUGUUUCAAUAGCCGUAUCAUCAGCAGGCGCAGGGAUCGGAAACCCCGCACUGGUCAAAUAGUUUGUAUAAACUACCAAUCUGGAUUUAUCCGUUGCUGUGCUAAAGAUUGGGUGCCACACUAGCCUGCUCAAUAUAGCUUCUUUCCCUGUACAUUUUGAUGGACGUGAUUAGAUAUUUUCUAGACGGCUACUAUUGUUAUCGUCAUGCGAUUCUGGCUAGUCAGAGAUCUGACCUGUACAUAGAUAGUCGUGUUGAAUAACAUUCAGUGGACGUAAUGUAGCUCUGUGGAAAGAUAAACCAAAAAUCUUUUUUUUUUUUUUUUUUGAUUUACCAGAGUGUUGGUUACGUUUCUCGUUGAAAAACGUUAAAAAAAAUGAAUAUAAUGUUUGAUAGCUAGUUCGUGCUUGAACUCAAAAUAGAAUAGCCAGCCAGCGGAAUAGCUAGGCUAAAUUGAAUUAACAGCCGAUGAUUGAAGACUUAGAACGUUGUCAUUCUGGAUCAAGAAACCUUGUCUUUAGUCUCUGGUUGGAGUAACACUCCCAAGCCAUCAUCAAUGCCUUCAGCGCUGGCCGUUUUCUCCUGCCGUCCGAAUUCACACCCUUUUCAGGAACGUCAUGUCUACCUGGACGAGCCAGUCAAGAUCGGGCGCUCUGUGGCACGAUGCCGACCGGCUCAGAACAACGCUACGUUCGACUGCAAGGUUCUGUCACGGAACCAUGCCCUCCUCUGGUUCGAUCACAAGACUGGCAAGUUCUACCUCCAGGACACUAAAAGCAGUAACGGGACGUUCAUCAACAGCCAGCGUCUGAGCCGGGGGUCUGAGGAAAGCCCCCCCUGCGAGGUCCUCUCUGGCGACACCAUCCAGUUUGGGGUUGACGUCACAGAGAACACGCGCAAAGUCACUCAUGGCUGCAUAGUGUCGACAAUCAAGCUGUUUCUACCUGAUGGCAUGGAGGCUCGACGACGAUCAGAUGUCAUCCAAGCACCGUUACCACUUCCUGUUGAUAAGGUUACGGCCAACACCCCCAGUCAUGCUAUGUCAUGGAACUUCCAGCUCUCCCAGUAUCUGCAGGAGGCCCUACACAGGGAGCAGAUGUUGGAACAGAAGUUGGCAACUCUGCAACGCCUACUGGCCAACACACAGGAGGCUUCAGAGAGCAGCUGGCAGGCGUUGAUAGAUGAGGACCGGCUUCUCUCCAGACUAGAGGUGAUGGGCAACCAGCUACAGUCCUACUCUAAAAACCAAACUGAGGAUGGGAUGCGUAACGAGCUGGUAGCCCUGCAGGAAGACAAACACAACUAUGAGACCACGGCCAAAGAGUCCCUGAGGAAGGUCCUACAAGAGAAGAUAGAGGUGGUCAGGAAGCUGUCAGAGGUCGAGAGAUCUCUGAGUAACACGGAGGAUGAGUGUACUCACUUGAAGGAGAUGAACGAGAGGAACCAGGAGGAGCUCAGAGAACUGGCUAAUAAAUACAACGGGGCCAUCAACGAGAUCAAGGACCUCACUGACAAGAUAAAGCUGGCAGAGGGUCGUCAGGAGGAGUUGACUCAGAGGGGUCAGAUGGAGAAGAAGGAACUGCAGCUUUGUAUUGAUGAGCUGGAGGAGAAGGAACAGGCUCUACAGGCCCGUAUCGAGGCCUUACAGGCUGAUAACGACUUCUCUAACGAACGCCUCACUGCCCUGCAAGUUCGGUUAGAACAGCUUCAGGAGAAAAGCAUAAAGGACAACAACAGUUUAGGAGAUCCACCAGGAGACAAUGACGUAGACGUUGACAUCGACCUGAAACAACAGGAAGCCGUGAAACAGUUGAAAGAAGCAGUUGGCUCGUCGUUGCACAAGCUGGCCAACUUUGACGAGGUCAUAGAUGCCCACCUGCAGAACAACCAGACAGCGGAAGGAGACAGCCUUACCAGUCCUGACAGACUCAAAGAAAACCUAGUGGAUGCUAAGGAGUCGGACAUGUCAGAUACACUAAGUCCCAGCAAAGAUCGCAGCAGUGACGACACUUCAGACGGAAACAUGGAUGAUCAUGAGCUGAACGAGCCACAGAACAGGGUCGCCCUGCUCAAAGAUGAACUCAGUCGCGCCAACCUGGAGCCCGGGGACACAGAGCAGGUGAUUAACCACCUCCACAGAGAGCUGCUGGAGGCCCAGGACUUGGCCAACACGGGCAAGCAGAAGUGUCUGGAGCUUCAGGCCUUACUGGAGGAGGAGAGGAGGAGUAACAGGCAGCAGACUGAGGAGUCAGCCAAGCAGAUCCAGUACCUACAGAGUCAGUUGGGGAAGCUAGCGGUAGACAUGGAGGAGCUGAAGGAGCAGAGAGAGAGCAGCAUCAGCAGCACACAGGAGGAGCUGUACUCUGCUCAGGAGGAGGUGCUAGUUCUCCACCACGCCAUGGAGGCCGCCACGGCCGAGAGGGAGCGAGACAUCGCCGCCCUGCAGAGGGACCUGGGAGGUGUCACGGCCGAGCUGGAGAAGUGGCGUCAGGCUGCGUCGAAAUACGAACAGGAGAUCAACUCCCUGCAGGCCACCUUCCAACAGCAGAGCCUGCACCAGCAGAGAGCCCUCGAGCUACAAGGAGAGUUGGAGCGUCUUCAGAAGGGCUGUUCCAGUCUGCAGCAGGAGUGUGAGUGUCUCCGUUCUGAGAAGACGACCCUGGUGAACAGACUACACGGACUGGAGACGGACCUGGACAGUUCCAGGGAGCAGACUGCAAGUCUGAACAGCAGUCUUCAGUUACUGGAGAAGUCCCAGGGAGAGAUGCAGAGUAGACUGGGCUCACUGCAGGACCAACACCUCCUGGACGCUAACAAGCUGCAGUCACAGCUAACCCAGGCUGCUAGCAGGACACAGAGCCUGCAGAGAGAGUAUGAGGACACCCAGACCUUGCUAUCUGACCUGCGGCAGCGUUACGACAGGACAGAGCAGGAGAAACGCUCCAUCAACGAGGAGCUGGAACAGUGUAAAUUCAACCUCAAACUGCUGCAGGACAAGGGCAAGAAUAUUGGUUGGAGCCCCUGGAUACCAGUGGUAGCAGUGAUGGUAGCAGUGACAGCAGUGGUGCUUUACCACAACUCCAAGAGCACCUCGAACUGAGGAGGCAGCGACCUAUAUAACCACACCUCCUGUACCACCUCUACCUGUCUACCAGGCCUGCCCUGGUCUCCACUGUUCCCUCCAC